AUGCGCGCUGCUCGUAGAAGUUCUUUUUCAAAUGUCCCGCAGCAAGUUUUAGAAAACUUCCAGAAGCUCUUUGCAGUGGACCCUGAGAAAUUAGCAUCAGGAGAAGUAACAGCUCAAUUCCCAACUUUCAAUUCCUUUACUAUCAUAAAUUUGUUAAUUAUGGUCAAAAAUUUAUUCAAUGCCGAAGAUGUCAUCAUAAAAGCUAAGUCCCCGAUGGUCGUAGUUGGCGAUUUGCACGGGCACAUCAUUGACCUUCUUAGAAUUAUUAAACUUAAUGGAUUCCCUUUGAAUAAGAGAUACUUGUUUUUAGGUGAUAUUGUUGACCGCGGACAGUUUUCUUUUGAAACUCUUAUACUUGUUUUCGCUAUGAAGAUAAAUUGGCCGCAAAAUGUCAUUAUCAUUCGUGGAAACCACGAAUUCGACUUUACAUGCAAGAAUUCAGGAUUCCUUGCUGAGCUCAAAGCUCUUUACAAGGAUUAUGAGUCUUUAUAUGAAAGUUUCUUAGAUGUAUUCGCAUCAAUGCCAUUCGGAUGCAUAAUUGACAAUAAAUAUCUCGCUGUUCACGGAGGAAUCGGUCCGAAUUUCACAAAAAUAGAACAACUCGCAGCAAUCAAAAGACCAAUUACAGAUUUCGGAUUGAAUACUUUAGACGAAGUUCUUUGGUCUGAUCCAAAUAUACAAGUUCGUGAUUAUGAACGCUCUCCACGUGGAACUGGCGUUCUUUACGGUAUAGAUGCGGUAAAUAAAUUCCUCCAAGAUAACAAAAUAACUACAAUUAUUAGAGGUCAUGAAAAUACAUACAAAGGUAUUGAGAUUUUAUUUAACGGCAAAGUAAUUACUGUAUUUUCCGCUUCAAAUUAUUGUGGAAUCGGAAACAACAACGCUGGAGUUCUCCUCAUAUCCGGAGCAAAGGUCCAGCCUGUUAUAUAUGGUCCUUUACCAUAUGUGUAUCGUAAUCAAGUACAGUAUUUGCCUGCUCCUUAA